UCUUCCGAAUCAUAGUCAAGGAUCCCAAGUGGGAAUCAAUCGCAUAUCAACAACGCCUAAUGUAACGUAGCCCUCACCCUUUCAGUGAAAUUUGCACCUUAACAACCCUUCUCGAGGUCUACAUGUAAACCCAUUGUUCUGUCCUCUGUAAAAAAAUAACAAAGUAUUCAAUUAGUUAAAUGAGAAAUAACUUUAUAAGACUGACAUCUAUGGGCUAAGUUGUCAAAUUCAGCCUUUGUUGCUUGAUAGUGUGGCAAAAAUUGCAAAAAUAAAGAGAAACAGUGUCGUACAAAAUUAUUAAAAACAUAAAAGUUAAAAUAAUAAAAAAGUAGGAGUUUUACACCACUUGUUGUCCAAAAGGAAAUGAGCAACAUGAGGGUGAAGGACAUCAGACCGGAGCCCGCCGAAAUCGAAUACAAAAACAUGAAGUUCCUCAUUACUGAUCGGCCCAAUGAUCAGACCAUUCAUACUUUUAUUCAAGAAUUAAAAAAGCACAAUGUCAAAGAAGUAGUGAGGGUCUGUGAACCAACGUACAAAAUUGAAGAACUUAAAGCAGAAGGGAUCAAUGUCAUAGAUUUGGUAUUUGAUGAUGGUACAUUUCCACCAAAUGAAGUUAUCGAUGAAUGGUUUGAAUUGCUAAAAAAUCGAUUCCGCGAGUCUCCAGAUGCAUGUGUGGCAGUACAUUGUGUUGCAGGACUUGGUAGAGCACCGGUCUUAGUUGCACUUGCUCUUAUUGAAUUGGGACUAAAAUAUGAAGAUGCAGUCGCGUUAAUUAGAGACAAAAGACGAGGAGCCAUCAAUUCAAAGCAGCUGGCCUAUCUUGAGAAAUAUCGUCCCAAGUCUCGGUUGAAGCUCAAAAAUGGACAAAAAAACUCCUGCUGCGUCCAAUAGAUCAAACGAUUUCUUUAAAAAGUUACUAAUUCAUACUGAUUGGUAUACCUAAUUGUAUAGGUUUUCGCGCCUGAUAACAAGAGACAUACUGUAUUGACUCUGUUCUGAAUCUGGCCUAUCAAUGGAAAUGCAACCGAACCACUUAUAAAAUAAUUUUAAUGAUAUUUUGCAUUAUUUGAUUUUCCAGCGUAAAUGAAACAAUUUAAAAUAAAAAUAAAUUGCAUAUAAUUGUUUGCACUUUUCUUUUAUGAAAUUUUUGUAUUUAUUUUUGAUACUAAAUUAAUAUUACAUGUUAUAGAACAGAGAAAGCCUUCUAAACGUGAUAUAUAUAGUAAUAAAAUUUUAAUGGAUCUGAUCAUUUGUAUAAUAAAUAAAAAAUUGGAUCAACUUAUACGUUUUAUAAUAAUACUUAGUAUCUCAUUUAAGAUUAUUGCGUACAAGUAUUCUAGAAGGCUGCAUUUACUUGGUCCAAUAAAAUAAGACAUAUAAUGUUGAUAAUUAAUUUUUGAACAUAGUUAAUACGUUAUUUAUGCGACAUAUUUUAAGGAUGGUUGGAGCAAGCAUCUUUGGAAUAAUAUGAUUUUUAGUGAAAAUGGUUCCUUUGGUAUUGCAAUUGUAUUCAGCCAUCAUCAAAUUUAGCUAUUUAGAGAAUUAGUGCAAUAAAAAAAAUCUCACAUUUCCCAGAAUAAAUGAAUAAAUAUCCUAUCAACUACAGUUUUAAGUAAUUCAAUAUAUUUACUUUUAAAUUGAGAUUGAAUACAUAUUUUUUGCAGAUGUUUUGCAUAUAACACAAGCAAAAAAAAAAAAAAAAAAGAAUUUAAAUAUAUACUUAAUAAAUUUUUUUGCAAUUGUUGGAAUAGUAUGUAUUAAAAACAUGAAUCUUUAACAAAGUGUGGUUAGUACAUGUUAUCUCUGUCAAAAAAUAAAUUUAUACAAUCUGUUAAUUUAAUUCAAUUUAUAAAAAUAGAUGUAAUAGACAUUGAAUCAGUGUAUAACACUGUUUUCUAUUUUAUACUAUCAAAUCAAAUUUAAUACAUUGUUAGGAAUCAACGUUGAACUUGUGACAUAUAUUUUCAUAUACUUACCACACUUGUAAAAAAAAAAAACCGAAAUUUAUAUAAAAUAAAACGAUUUAAUAAAAAUGUACAGGUAUUUAAAAUUUGUAAACAUUAAUUUUUAAAAUAUAACUCUUAAAUAAAAGAAAAAUUGCGUUGCAUUUCCAGUGGCAUGCCGAAUUGAUGAGUGUUCUUAACUCUUACUGGACUUGGAAUCUGCGUUAACUUGAAAUAACGAAUAUUGCGAAACAAAGUGAAGAAAGAAAAUCACUCCAGAGUUAUAUAUCACUUUUAUCGUAGCUUAACGGCAAUUUCACCAAAAUUUUUUAAAACAUCCACUUUUAUUCGAUAAAUUUUAAAAAGCUGCAUACGCAUUUUGUGUGAAGCAUAUAUUGUAAUCGUAUUCGCAAUUUUGGUAAAAUUGUCGGUGAUGCUGUACGCCACACUAAACUGUGUUCAAAAGAUAGAAAAAAAAUUCGCUCCUAAACUAAUGAAUGUAAUACUUAGAUCAUUUCAUAAGUCUGACGAUUUAAUGUGAAUGUACGUUUUUGUAUGUAUUAUAAUACAUGGAAUUGUGUUUA